AGAUAUCCAAAGUGUGACAGGUUAUGUUUUUGUGUUUUCUAUGAAAAGAUUAUGCAAACGUUUGCAUGGACUGUAUAAUAUGUAGUCAGUAUUUUCAUGGAGUUAUUAGUCAUUACAAUGUGAGUGCCAUAACACAAACACUUUUUGAAAACUAAUGAAAAAUCCUGCCACUGUAUUUGUAACGGGAAGGACAUAAGUUUAUCGCAAAGAAUUUACCUGUCCAUCGCUGAAAACAUUUUUUGAAGAUGAAAUUUUUUCCGAUCUGGCUAAUCCUUAUAGGUUAUCUUAAGGCUACACCGUGGAAUAAUCUCACUGCAAACAUUGCAGUCGUAGAGUUUCAGCCAAUAAGAGAUCCCUCCCUUUCAACAAAUGAAAGAAUUUUACAAAACACCAAAAAAUACGUUGAAAUAGUAACAGACACCAAUUCUGUUAGUAAACUUGAUUUGAUCAUUUUUCCUGAAGCGAGCUUACGAAACAACCCCGAAACAGCAGUGGAAAUCCAAAUAAAAAGCAACCCUUGCAGUUCUGUAACUUACCCUCAAUUUUUAAGCGACCUAUCAUGCACAGCUCGAAAAUUCCGGACUUACCUCGUUGUAAACCUCGUUGAAAAAUCAAAGUGUGACGAUAACCAAAACUGUAAAAAUGAUAGCUUUUACUUCUACAAUACUGACGUAAUUUUUGAUCGAAAGGGCAUUAUUAUUUGUAAAUAUCGAAAAUAUAAUUUAUUUGGCGAAUAUGAGUUAGACAAACCUACAAUAUCUGAAAAUGUGACGUUUGACACCGAUUUUGGUAUAAAGUUUGGCGUUUUCACAUGUUUCGACAUUAUGUUCAAAAAUCCAGCAGAAGAUUUAUUGGAGAAAGACGUUGAUGGAAUUAUUUUUCCAAGCAUGUGGUACUCAGAGUUGCCCUUUUUAACAGCUCUCCAAGCCCAACAAAUGUGGGCUUACGCACAUGACGUCACCUUCUUUGGGGCUGGAGCUAACACGCCUUCUGCUGGUAGUGGGGGGAGUGGAAUUUACGCAGGUUCCAGAGGCACAGUAUCAGAAGGAAUUGUGGCAAAUGGUGAUUCUCGACUUUUUUUAUAUGAAAGCAAAAAUGGGGAAAUCUCUCCUCCUCCACAUGAAGACAUCGAUGUUUUAGGAAAAGAAAUGGAUUCAUUUAAACUGUAUACUGACAAUAGUUUAAGAGAAUUUAAUUCCACAGUUUUAAACAUUUCUGCAACAAAUUUACAGAAGGAGCUAUGUCAUGGCAAUCAAAAAGAUCGCCUUUGUUGUAAUUUUGAUGUUACUGUGUCUACGCAAGAAUUAAAUCGAGAUCUUCAUUCUUACACUUACCACAUAGUAGCAUUUUCAGGAAUUCGUUCUUUCAUGAGUGUAUACAACGGAGGAAUAGAGUUAUGCGCUGUGGUAGCGUGUUUGAACGAUUCAUUAUCGUCCUGUGGACACAGAUUUUCAAAUUAUGAAGACAUUCGGUGGCCUAUAGUAUUCGAAAAAAUUUCCAUUCGAGCAAAUUUUGAAAAUCAUGAGAAUAAGACUCAAUUUCCUAAUUCUUUGUUGAGUUCUAUACGUCCGAUUAAUGCUAGCGAAACCAUCUGGACACGCCGGAAAAAAGACAACGAGGAAAAAGUUGUUGAAGUAACUUUUGCUUUGAGAAAACCUCAAAAUCGACUUUUAACUUUUGGAAUUUAUGGCAGAAAUUUUGGAAAUGAUUCACCACCAGAGAGGAACACUAGCAGUUCAGGGGCUGUUACUUGGUUUUUGUUAAUUUGUGUUAUAGUUUUAUCUACUGUUACUAUAACAUAGUUCUGAAUAAAGUAAAAAGUAAUCUGCUUAA